AUGGCUGAAUUUAAUGUUUCAUACAGGAAGGCUAUGGCAAUGUAUGUACCGCCCGAAACACCUACUUAUGUGCCAACUCAAUCGUCAAUGCCCCGUUUAGGUAAUUUAAAUAAGAUGCCUCAAUUGCCGGAACCUAUCCCAGGAACCACAAAUAAGUUUUUUAGCAAUAUUUUGCCGGUUCAGGGGAAUUCUACACCAGUUACUUACGCACAGGCCGUGUCAUCGAGCCCCAUUAACAAGAACAAACUGGACAGUCGGGGAGAAAAAUCUGUUCGAAAUGACACAACUAAGAAGAUUAAGAAGAGAAUUCAAGAACCUAAUUUAGAAGAGUAUAUACAUGACGGCAAUAUGUCGACAGAGUCUGAAAGUAGUGUAUGUGAUCAACCAGUGUCUGAACAAAACAAAAAAAAAGAAUCGUAA